AUGGAUGUGGAGAACUGCUCAGUUGUAACUGAAUUCAUUCUUCUGGGAAUCCCACACACACAGGGGCUGGAGACAAUGCUUUUCAUCUUAUUCUUGCCUUUCUAUGCCUGCACCAUUUUGGGAAAUUUGUCUAUCCUGGUAGCUGUUAUUGCUUCUACUCGCCUUCACACACCCAUGUAUUUCUUCCUGGGGAACUUGGCUGUGUUUGACAUGAGUUUCUCCACUGUGACCUGUCCCAAAAUGCUGCUCUACCUUGUAGGUCUGAGCCGGCUCAUCUCCUACCAAAACUGUGUCACCCAGCUCUUCUUCUUCCAUUUCCUUGGGAGCAUCGAGUGCUUCUUGUAUACUGUGAUGGCCUAUGACCGCUUUGUUGCUAUCUGUUACCCUUUGCGGUACACGAUCAUCAUGAAUUCCAGGAUCUGCUUGGCCCUGGCUGUGGGCAUAUGGCUUUUGGGGUGCAUCCACUCCAGUGUCUUGACCUCCCUCACCUUCACUUUGCCAUACUGUGGUUCCAAUGAAGUAAGUCACUUCUUCUGUGAUAUCCCUGCACUCUUGCCCUUGGCCUGUUCUGAUACAUCCUUGGCACAGAAGGUGAGUUUCACAAAUGUUGGCAUAGUAUCCCUUGUCUGCUUUCUCCUAAUCCUUGUAUCUUACACACGAAUCACAGUCUCCAUUUUGAGCAUUCAUACAACAGAGGGCCGUCGCCGUGCCUUCUCUACAUGCAGUGCCCAUCUCAUAGCCAUCCUCUGUGCCUAUGGGCCCAUCAUCACUGUCUACCUGCAGCCCACACCCAACCCCAUGCUGGGAACUAUCAUUCAAAUUCUGAUGAAUCUGGUAGGACCAAUGCUGAACCCUUUGAUCUACACCUUGAGGAAUAAAGAAGUAAAGACAGCCUUGAGAAAACUAUUAUACAGGACAGGAGAAGCAGAUGGAUGA